GCAACUGGAGAGGAAGCAUUGCACUUCACCAGGAUGUCUGUGAAAUGCAUUUCAGUUCUGCUGCUGCUGCUACAGCUGAGCUGCUGCUUCAGCUCUGGGAGCUGUGGGAAGGUGCUGGUGUGGCCUAUGGAAUUCAGUCAUUGGAUGAAUAUGAAGACAAUCCUGGAUGAACUUGUCCAGCGAGGCCAUGAAGUCACUGUCCUGAGAUCUUCAGCUUCUCUUGUAAUUGGUUCCAACAAUGAAUCGGGAAUUAAAUUUGAAACUUUCCAUACAUCCUACAGUAAAGAUGAAAUCGAGGAUUUUUUCAUGGAUUGGUUCUAUACAAUGAUAUAUAAUGUGUCAUUAGAUAGUUAUUGGGAACACUUUUCAGUAAUGAAAAUGCUUAUUUUAAAAUAUUCUGACAUUUAUGAAGAUAUCUGCAAAGAAGUUGUUACGAACAAGAAACUCAUGACAAAGCUGCAGGAAUCAAGAUUUGAUGUUGUUCUUGCAGAUCCUGUUAGUCCUGGUGGUGAGCUGCUUGCUGAGCUACUUAAAAUACCCCUCGUGUACAGUCUUCGUGGCUUUCCUGGCUACAUAUUGCAAAAGCAUGGUGGAGGACUCUUACUGCCUCCUUCCUAUGUACCUGUUAUGAUGUCUGGUCUAAGCAGUCAAAUGACAUUCAUGCAGAGGGUGCAAAAUCUGCUAUGCAUGCUUUACUUUGACUUUUGGUUCCCAAAAUUUAAUGAGAAGCGAUGGGAUCGAUUUUAUAGUGAAAUACUGGGAAGACCCGUCACAUUCUUGGAGCUAAUGGGGAAAGCUGACAUGUGGCUCAUUCGAAGCUACUGGGACUUGGAGUUUCCUCGCCCACUUUUACCAAACUUUGAUUUCAUCGGAGGGCUCCACUGCAAACCUGCCAAACCUCUGCCUCAGGAGAUGGAAGACUUUGUGCAGAGCUCUGGAGAAGAGGGAGUGGUGGUGUUUUCCCUGGGGUCCAUGAUCAGUGACCUGACAGAAGAAAGGGCCAAUGUGAUUGCAUCAGCCCUUGCCCAGCUGCCACAGAAGGUUCUUUGGCGAUUUGAAGGCAAGAAACCAGACACGUUAGGAUCCAACACUCGGCUCUAUAAGUGGAUGCCCCAGAAUGACCUUCUUGGUCAUCCAAAAACCAAGGCUUUUAUAACUCAUGGUGGAGCCAAUGGUGUCUUCGAGGCAAUCUACCAUGGAGUUCCUAUGGUGGGCAUUCCUUUGUUUGGAGAUCAACCUGAUAACAUUGUCUACAUGAAGGCUAAGGGAGCAGCUGUUAAGUUGGACUUGAAAACAAUGUCAAGUGCAGAUUUGCUCAAUGCCUUGAAGACGGUCAUUAAUGACCCUUCCUAUAAGGAGAAUGCCAUGAGGUUAUCAAGAAUUCACCACGAUCAGCCCAUGAAGCCGCUGGACCGAGCAGUCUUCUGGAUCGAGUAUGUCAUGCGCCACAAAGGAGCCAAACACCUUCGGGUUGCAGCCCAUGACCUCACCUGGUACCAGUACCACUCUCUGGAUGUGAUUGGGUUCCUUCUGGCCUGUGUGGCAAUCACUACUUACCUUAUCAUGAAAUGUUGCCUUCUUAUUCAUCAAAAUGUUGUUGGGACAGGAAAGAAGAAAAAGAAGGACUAGAGCUUGUUAAUUUCUAAAGCUGUUAAUUUACCAGAGUUGAAAUCAUUCCUUUUAUAUCAAAGACUAUGUGUCAUUGUGUGGAAGAUGGUCCUUCGCAUUUGGUCAGACCUGUGCCUUCCUGAUUUUUCCAAAUGUUUUAUUCUUGAUUAAACAUUUAGAAACACACAACUCAAAUUGCAGAGAUCCUCAAAUAAUACUACUUUAAUCACAGCACUGAAAAAUGAGACUCACUGGAAUUUUAACCUGGUGGUUUGAGGAGUGAAAAGCCUGAAGUUUUCAUGUGCAAUUCCAGAAACAUCAUCUAUUGAAAACUAGAGCCAGAUCCUGGUAAAGGGGGGUACACAGAUUUUACCAAGAUUUCCAUGAAAAUAAGAGAGAUUCCAGGAUAAACUGACCUGAACCGUAACUAACUCAAAGUGUCUGUGAUAUUAACAAAGAUGAAAAGUGAGGGUUGAGUAGAAAGUGUGAACCACAAGUAAGAAAAGUAUUUUAUGUAAAAGGAAAGUACAGAAGAAUGAAGUGGAAAAUCACUAAAAGUGAUUAUCAAGAUGCGCUAGAAAAAGUCCAUUUUGCAAUUUGACAGAAUCAUGUUUUCUUGAGCAAAAACCAAGCCAUGGAGGACAGUUUCACCUGUAGGGAUAUAGCACAUGACCCAGGGCAGAUGCAAGACUGAGCAACCUUGCUCAAGUCUUUUAGCGCGGUGCUUAGGAAACUCUUUUGUACUACAUGGGGUUCACAGUUCACAUUUCUCAUGAAAUACAAAACAUGUCAUCAAGAAAAAUUCUUUUUAACUUAGAGGGCCCUACCAUUUACUAACUAAAUCUGUGUAAUCUUGUAAAUUAUUUGGUUAGAAAGGUGAGAUAUAUUUUCUACACUCUGCCUUGAAAAUGCUUGAGUUACAAUUUUUGCUUUAUUCCAUAUAUAUAAUGCUAGAUUUUUCUCCUCCUAUAGGAAGAUUUUCCAUUACUUAGCCCUGCCUUUUCAAAUCAGAUACUUUCAACUAAUUUAAUAACCAGGAUACUGAGGAUAUGGAAAACAGUUUUGUUUUGUUUUGUUUUGUUUUUAGUGUAGACUCCCCUCGCAAUACAUAGAAUAUAACAUUGUGGAUGGAAUGAAAAGCUAAAUAUCAGGCACACCAAUUUUUGAAGUCUAUUUUGGAGAAAGGUAUUUAAAUGGAAAAAUAUCUCCAUGUCCUGCUUUAAACAUUGUUAACCAAAGCGUUUGGACACAGAGUGCAGAUGGCAAAGUAAACAUAGAGAACAAAGAAAACAAGGAUAUGACAGUUUUUAGCCUGUCAAGAGAUAUUUUUAACAUUCAUGUGGAACAGAAGCCUGCAUAAGAUUUGAAAGCACUCUAUGGCCAGCACCGUGGCUCAAUAAUGUAAUCAUCCACCUCUGGUGCCGGCACCCCGGGUUCUAGUCCAGGUAGGGGCGCUGGAUUCUGUCCCAGUUGCUCCUCUUCCAGUCCAGCUCUCUGCUGUGGCUGGGGAGUGCAAUGGAGGAUGGCCCAGUCCUUGGGCCCUGCACCCACAUGGGAGACUAGGAGAUCACCUGGCUCCUGGCUUCGGAUCAGCACAGUACAUUGGCCGCAGCGCUCCAGCCGCAAUGGCCAUUGAGGGGUGAACCAACGGAAAAGGAAGGCCUUUCUCUAUGUCUCUCUCUCUCACUGUCCUCUCUACCUGUCAAAAAUAAGAAAAAGAAAAAGAAAGCACUCUUCUACAAUACAAAAAAAUGUUUAGCAAUAAUUGUUAAUGUAACUACUUGUGAUAAUUAUGUCCAGAAUAAUAAAUGGACAAGUGCUUUCUUUUAUUAAACCUUUCAUUAAUGUAUUGUUAGAAGAAGGGAAACUUAUACAUGUCCAUUAUUAUGAAUAAUGAAGUUCUACAUACAUUGCCAAAGCACAAUUCAAGUCUCUUUCUAUAUACUCAUGAAGUAACCAAUACAGAUUCAUUAAUGAUGUUGUUAGAAUUGAGCUUUGUUUUAAAAUCGAGUCAGAUAAAUAAACAUAUUUGAAUAUAUAUAUAAAUAUAUAGUGGUGAUCCAAGCAGUUUUGUCAUUUGUUUUAUUUUUUGAGAAAUCUUUUCAAAUAAAGCAAAUUACAUAGACAUAAUUAGGAAACAUGCAGACAUGAUACACUUGGCAGUGGAUCAUAAAAAUCAAAUUGUACAUUAAAUCUUCAAAAUCAUAAAAUGGUUCCUAAGUUUCCUGUUUCAAUAUUUAUUGAUUACUAUAAAAUUCAAGAAUUUUAAAUACAGAUAGUCUUAGUAUUCAAAAAAUUUAAAUACAGAUAGUCAAGUCAAAUCGAUUGAAUUGG